AAAGUGUGCUGCAGGAGAGGAGUCGAGCAGAGAGAGCUGCCUUUUCAUAAAACGGGAGUAAAGUAGUGAACUUAGAGGAGAGAAACAAACUAAAGUACCGAUCAUAAACCACUACCAACGUCUGGAUCGAUAUCUGCAUCGAUCUGCCCACCCUUGUCUCCUGGAUCGUAGCUGAGAUCAGCGUGAACCACGUGGGUCUCUGCUCCCUGAUCUGUUUCCUGUGUUUGGAAAGAGUUCCAGCUUCAUCACGGAGUUUCUCUCGGUUUGUGGGCUCAUCUAAAGGGAUAAAAUACAUAUCUAUACUUUUGUGUCCCAGCUGAGUAACAGGAGGAGAAGAGUCUGGUGGAGCAGCAAUUUCAGCCAUUUGGACUCAGCUCAGCCACUACAGAGGAAACAAUGACUUCAACAGAGAAGGACCAACAUGGAGCGAGAAGUCAGCGCUCUCAGGAGGCCGACAAACCUCACAGAAGAAAGGGAGAGAAAAAAUACAGCUGUGAUGAGUGUGGGAAGGUUUUUAAUCACAGUAGCAACUUACGACGUCAUCAAGUUACUCACUCUGGAAUUAAAGCGUACAGCUGUGAUGAAUGUGGAAAGUCUUUUAACGAUCCUGGAAACUUAAAAAUACACCAACUCAUCCACAGUGGAAUUAAAGCGUACAGCUGUGAGUUGUGUGGAAAGUCUUUUACCCAGCCUGGAAACUUAAAAACACACCAACUCACCCACAGUGGAGUUAAACCAUACAGCUGUGAUAAGUGUGGUAAAACGUUUGCUCGUAAUACCCACUUACAAAGUCAUCAAGUUACCCACUCUGGAAUUAAGGCGUACAGCUGCGACAUUUGUGGAAAAACCUUCCGCUGGCUAGUCAGCAGAAAUAUCCACCAACGCAUUCACACUGGCAAUGAUGUUUGGCUCUGUGAUCAGUGUGACAAACGUUUUGUUACAUACAAAGACUUACAGCGGCACAUGCUUACCCACACUGAGGAGAGACCUUGCAAAUGUGACCUGUGUGAAAAGGCUUUUAAAGAUCCACAUUCCCUGAGAGCACAUCAACAGAUCCACAGCAGAAAGAGACUUUUCAAGUGCAGUUACUGUGAGAAGCAGAGCGACACAGAUGGAUCCAGCUCUCAACCCUGUCGUCACUGUGGUGGUGGGAAAGUGUUUCGCUGUGACCUUUGUGGAAAAACUUUCAAGCAUCAAGAGAACCUAAAAGUACAUCAACGUAGACACACUGGAGACAAAAUGAACUACUGCAAAGAAUGUGGGAAAGGCUUCCCCACUAUAAGUGAAUUAAAAAAUCAUGAGCUCUUCCACAGUGGGGUUAAAAAGCACGUCUGUGACCUGUGUGGGUCAUCUUUCACCACUGCAGGUGACCUUAAAAAGCAUAAGGUAGUGCACACACGUGAGAAACCAUACAAGUGCAGACACUGUGACAGAAGCUUCUCGUAUUCAGGGAGUCGUAACAAUCAUGAACGUACACACAUUGAAGGGAACUUCAGCUGUGACCAGUGUGACAAGAGCUUCAAGAAUCUCAGUUCAUACUCCACACACAAACGAUCCCACGCUGUAAAUAAACUGUUUCACUGUUACCAAUGUGCAAAAACAUUCACUUCAUUAUCUGCUCUGCACAAACAUCAGCGUGAUCAUGACAAUGGCUGAAAUCAUUCCUAUCAUCAUAACGAAUCUGAAGAGACAGACAGUUCUGUUACGUUUUCAGGAGUUUGACGUGAAAGCUGCUGUAAUUUCUGCUGAAAUCCCUCAUCUGUUAUACAUCAGGUUUCUCUCAAUUUGUCUUGUUUUCUUUCUACAGUAGUAUUUAGUAGUAGUAAUAAUAAUAGUAGUAGAAGUAGUAUAAUUAAAGAAAUGUCUGACUGAUCUAUUAAUUGGUUAUGUAUCACAGGCUUUCAAGCUGUAAAUAGUUAAUAAGCUUAAUAAGCUUUUAAGCUCAGCUUAAAAACAUUGGCUUCCCUUCAUUGGCUUCCUGUUAAAUCCAGAAUUGAAUUCAAAAUCCUGCUCCUCACAUACAAGGUCUUGAAUAAUCAGGCCCCGUUUAUCUUAAUAACCUUAUAGUACCAUAUCACCCCAUUAGAGCACUUUGCUCUCACACUGCUGACUUGAGAUCAGUUACAUCUUUGUAUACAUUUAAAAAAUGUAUACAACACCACCAAUGAAAAUGUUUUUUCAUUGGUGGUGUUGUUACGUUUAGUUUAGUUCUUUUUGCUGUUUUCACUGCCUUAAAGUGUUGUAAACUUCAACAGGUUUUAUGUCAUCAUCUUCUGUGUUUAGCAUAUGUAGUUUAGAUUUAAUGAAAUGUGUGAAAUAAAUAAAAUUGCCAUUGUCUGAA